GCGCAUAGGACCUGCUCAGGUAAUUCCCGUCGGAUCCUAUAGUGCUUCACGAGUUAUUCAGUGACGUCCACACCACCGACCACGACGAUCACCCAACAACCAUCAAUCUACCCCUCCUUGAGCCAUCGACGCCCAUCUCGACUUACGACCAUCUCGACCUCCAUACUCGUUUGCAGCGUCUUCUAUCGUCAUGGGUCAAACCCUUUCAGAGCCCGUUGUCGAAAAGACUUCGGAGAAGGGUGAGGAUGACAGGCUACUAUACGGUGUCUCGGCCAUGCAGGGGUGGCGUAUCAGCAUGGAGGAUGCUCAUUGCACUGUCCUCGAUCUCCUGACUCCUGAAGGUGAUGAGAAGAAAACACAUGAGUCCCGAUUAUCGUUCUUUGGUGUCUUCGACGGCCAUGGCGGAGACAAGGUUGCCCAGUUCGCUGGCAAGCGCAUACCCGAAAUUCUCCUCAAGCAGGAUACCUUCAAGCAGGGUAACUAUGAACAGUCACUCAAAGACUGCUUUCUUGCUACAGACCGGGCGAUAUUGAGCGACCCUGCAUACGAGGACGAAGUGUCUGGGUGCACUGCCUGCUGUGGAUUAAUUAGUGCUGACAAGAUUUUUAUUGCAAAUGCUGGAGACUCGAGAAGUGUCUUGGGAGUUAAGGGCCGAGCCAAGCCGCUCUCCUUCGAUCAUAAGCCACAGAAUGAAGGCGAAAAAGCUCGGAUCACUGCUGCUGGCGGUUUUGUCGACUUCGGCCGAGUUAACGGCAACCUUGCCCUAUCUCGUGCCAUUGGAGAUUUCGAGUUCAAAAAGGGCGCCGAGCUUGCGCCAGAGCAGCAGAUAGUGACAGCCUACCCAGAUGUGGUCAUGCACGAGCUUGGCGACGAUGACGAAUUUUUGGUUAUUGCAUGUGACGGCAUUUGGGAUUGUCAGUCAUCACAAGCCGUCAUCGAGUUUGUGCGCAGAGGCAUUGCCGCGAAGCAAGACUUAGACAAGAUUUGUGAGAAUAUGAUGGAUAACUGUCUAGCCUCUAACUCCGAGACUGGUGGUGUGGGAUGCGACAACAUGACCAUGGUCAUCGUGGGUUUCUUAAGAGGCAAGACGAAGGAGGAAUGGUAUGAAGAGGUUGCUAGCCGAGUAGCUAAAGGCGACGGCCCCUGCGCCCCUCCCGAAUACGCGGAAUUCCGGGGACCUGGUGUUCAUCACAAUUAUGAUGAUAGCGACAGUGGCUAUGAUGUCGACGUGGAAAAUAAGACUAGGAAUUUCGGUCUUGGUGGGUAUAAGGGGCGCAUCAUAUUCCUUGGGGACGGUACGGAGGUUCUCACAGACUCCGACGACGCCGAAAUGUUCGACAACUCCGAAGAAGACAGAGACCUAGCCAGCCAGGUGUCUAAGAAUAGCGCUGAUGACAACGAGCCUCCUCCUAGGGCCCCUUCACCACCCCCUCGCGGAACGAAGAAGCAGCAGGAGUCACCCAAGACAGAAAAUGAAGAAUCGACAAACAAGGAAGCUGCGGGCACCGAAGCUGCCAAAGGCGGCUCGGAAGAUACGAAGCAGCCUGAGAUCUCGUCUGGGUCAAAAGACUGAUCGAGCUAUUGUGAUAGCUCCUUGAGUGGGAGUUAUAACUAGAUUCGUUAUAGCAUGUCUUCAGCGCUUGGGGAGAGUUUCACCGAAAAAAAAGAACACAUGCAGCCCUAAAUCUUUAGACGUGUCAACACCAGUGCCAAUGAUGUGGUCUUAGUGGAAUGCCAACGGAAGGGUAUAUGUGCGAAAAAUGCCCAGGCGAAGGCGAUAGUCUCCUUGGUUGACAAUAAGUAGGGCCAUGAGCAUACAGUAUCGGAGUGGGUUG